AUGUGGGAGGAGAUGAGAGCCUCACCGAUGUUGUGGCUGGAGGUGGAAGCUGAGACGGCUCUCCCCCGCACACUGAUUUCCAGUCCGUACUGGAAUCGAAAACUGAAAAAUCCAGCCGAAAUGCCGUCGCCGACGCCCUCCACAAAAUCGCUCGAGAUCUGCCGCGUCACUCCGCCGCCGGACUCACCGGAAUCCUCCGCCCAAUUUCCCCUGCUCCUCACUUUCUUCGACACCUUCUGGCUGAAAUUCCCUCCCGUGGAGCGCAUCUUCUUCUACAGGCUCUCCUCCUCCGCCACCUCAUCACCGUCCGAGUUCCAAUCCACCGUCGUCCCCCGCCUGAAGCGCUCCCUCUCCGUCGCCCUCCUCCGCUUCCUCCCUCUCGCCGGCAACCUCACCUGGCCGGCCGACGCCGACGUCCCCUUCAUCCUCUACACCCCAGGGGACGGCGUGUCCCUCACGGUCGCCGAGUCCACGUCAGCCGAAGGCGACGACUUUGACCGGCUCUCUGGAGAUGGACCCCGCGACGCGAUUCUGUCGCGCGCCUACGUGCCGAAACUCGCCGUUUCGGGGCCGAACGCUGCCGUUUUGGCGCUGCAGGUGACGCUGUUCCCGAAAAAGGGAUUCUGCAUCGGGGUGACGUGUCAUCACGCCGUGUUGGACGGGAAGAGCACCGUGAUGUUCCUCAAGGCUUGGGCGCAUAUUAGCUGCUACGAUGACGGUGAAGGAACGUUGCCGGACGAACUAACGCCGUCUCUUGAUCGGACGGCGGUUAAGGACCCGGACGGAAUCGUGUUGGAAGACGUGAAGACGUGGACGGCUCUCUGCGGCGAAGAGGACGGCACGAGAAGCUUGGAGCUCUUGCCGGAGGCCAUGCCUACUGCUGACAAAUCUAGUCAGUUACGAGGAACGUUCAAGCUGUCGAGGCAAGAUAUUCAAAAGCUCAAACAAAGCGUAAUACGCUACUUGGAAAAGGACGACGACGACGAAAAGCGAUUGGAAAUGAAACCCAAUUAUAACCUGUCAACUUUCGUCAUCACGUACGCAUACACCCUUGUCUGCAUGGCAAAAGCCAAAGGGUCGGAGGACGACAAGAAGAAGGCAUUCUUCGGGUUCACGGCGGAUUGCAGAUCCAGAUUGGACCCACCGUUGCCUUCCAACUACUUCGGCAACUGCGUCAUGUCUUUCGCCGCCGGCAAAAUCACUGUCCGAGAUCUGGUUCACGAGGGUGGAAUCGCGGCUGCUGCUCACAAGCUUGUCGAGGUGAUAAGGCCGUUAGAGAAAGGCGUCCUCGUAGGGGCCAAGGGGAAGCUGGCGAGGCUGUUCGGUGAGGUGGCGGCAAUGAAAGAGGUCGGGCUGAUCGGUGUCGGCGUGGCCGGGUCGCCCCGGUUCGGGGUUUACGGUGUGGAUUUCGGGUACGGGCGGCCCGAGAAGGUGGAGAUCACGUCCAUAGAUAGAACGUCGGCUAUGUCGAUGGCGGAGAGUGGAGAUGGAAGCGGCGGCGUCGAGGUUGGCGUUGUUAUGGAGAGGCAUGAGAUGGAGGAGUUCACCUCUGCCUUCUUUGAUGGGCUUAAACAUAUUUGAGCAAUGGUGUGUAAUUUUCCAGCUUGUCUUUUUGCUUUUGGACGAUGUUUGCUUUGUUUGGGAAUUCUGUAAGGUCGCGCCAUUUGGUCCAAACAAAAAAUAAAAGGUCUCCUAUUAGACGAUAAUAUAUAAAAUAUGUGCCGUAGCCCGUAUGUAUUCUUCUGUUACAUGAUUGGCGCAGCCAGCUUAGCUGCAUGGAAACGUGUCGAAGUUUGCCACAACCCAAAACACCAUUAGACCUAGAAGCAUGCAUUUUGGCAAAAAUAUCGACAUUCUCACUUCCGUUCCCAUUUCAAAUUGUUCUUCCUAGCGCCGGUCCUCUUCCCCUUUUUCUCCCCUGCGACUUAUCCAUUCAAAUGUGUCGUACGUUCAGUCAGUCGUUGCAUAUGUCUCAAUCUUAAUUCCAAACAAAACAUCACUCUCUAAUU